ACCGAGCUAGUACUUGUCGACAACCAUCUACGAAUCGUUCUGUAGCUCCGUCGGAAUUAAUAAUUGAAUUAAUAUUGUAAACACUUGCGUUGAUGCUUCCUGUGGAUGCCUCCGUGAUAACCACACUGAUUGAUCAAUAAUGACGGCUCCGACUGGAAUGAUGGGAGCUCUUUUGAUGAUAUUCGUGUUGAUCCUUCUCACAUCUGCUUCUUAUGGACAAGAAGAUGAUGAUUCUUCGGAAGAGGAUCCCCCUGUUUUUGGUCAGCCGAUCGAAACUACUACAACAACACCUACAACGAAGCGGUGUGGCCGGUUCAAGAAAAAUACCUGUGUUAGGCGGGAUAAAUGUGAGGAAACUGCCCUCAACGUUCGAAAGAUAAUUAUCGAUUUGGGAGAGCCGCCUUCAAACACAUGCCACUAUCUGGAGACCUGCUGUCCCAGGAAUAAGAUUAGAGCUGGCAUCAAUGGCAUUGACGGAUCUACGACUCACAACAGUCAGUGCGGUGUGAAAAAUGUGGAUGGCAUAUACAUGACCGUAAAGGGAGGAGACCUGGAGACUAGCUUCGGGGAAUACCCCUGGGUGAUGGCCAUCAUCGAUGCCGCCCAAAAGUUUGUCUGCACUGGCACCUUGAUCGCCUAUGACGUGGUCCUGACAACAGCCACCUGCAUCGCUGGCGCACAGCAGCUGACGGUGAGGGGCGGGGAGUGGGAUUUGAUGACCGAGAAUGAGUUUGUUGCCCAUGUGAACAUCAAAGUCAAAAGCCCAAUACUGCACGAGAAAUUCAACUGGGAGUCAACGGAAAAUAACAUUGCCCUGCUGAUCCUGGAGAGGGCUUUUCCUCACCAGCAACACAUUGCACCCAUUUGUUUGUACGACGAUUACGCUGAAGUCUCAUAUGAGGAGUGCUUCAUCACCGGGUGGAGGUCUAGGCUUAUGAGAAAAUUUACCCGGCAUACAGUCGUCAAGGUUGACGUGGCCAUAGACAACGGAACGUGCUCGGUCAAUUCCGUAUCGACGGUAAUAUGCGCCACAGAACAAAGCACCCAGCCCAUCUAUGCCCGCGGAGCACCGAUGGUCUGUCCAACCGACAGCAGUAGUUACCAUAUAAUUGGCACCUGGAGUACCAGAACGAAUGGGAAGACUUUUUUCACUGAUGUCAGGCAGUUUGGCGGGUGGAUUCGCGAGAAAGUUACGCUGUUUGGCAUCAACUUAGACAGCACAGACAUGUAAAAAGAACAUUAUAAAGCAAACAUUAAAGUAUGGAAUCAAUCGCA